AUGUCGGGCUCCUUUGAAAAGUCCGUCAAGGGCGCAACCAAGAUCAAAAACGCGCCUCCCAAGACGAAAUACAUCGAACACAUUCUUGUGGCCACGCACUCGGGCGACGCCGGCGUAGGCGAAGUCUUUCGUUCAUUACAACAUCGGUUGCGCGACUCAACAUGGACGGUCGUUCUCAAGAGCUUGCUCACCACGCACAUUAUGAUCCGAGAGGGCUCACCAGACGUGACUCUGUCAUUCCUCGCCAGGCAUCGUAACGUUUUGGGCGUCGGACAUUUUGCCGAUGCUCAGACUCAGGGCCGGAACAUUCGGCACUACGCAAACUAUUUGAGCGAGCGAGCGCGGGCAUUUCGCGACACCAAGAUUGACUGGGUCCGCAGCAAUGAAUCGCGAUUGGAGAAGUUAAGUGUCGACAAGGGUCUGCUUCGAGAGGCUGAAGUCGUGCAGAACCAAUUGUCCGCUCUGGUCAAGUGUGAUGUCCUCGAAACGGAGCCCGAGAACGAAAUCACCAUUGCCAUCUUCCGAUUGUUGGUCUUGGACCUGUUGUCGCUGUUCCAAGUGCUUAACCAGGGCCUCAUCAACGUCUUAGACCAGUUCUGCGUCAUGUCCAAGACGGAUGCCCAGAGAGCUUUGGAAAUCUAUCGCACAUUCACGCGACAGACGGAGCAUGUUUCGCAGUAUCUGAACUUUGCUCACAUGCAUGAACAUCAAACGAGAGUCGAAGUCCCCAAGCUCAAGUACGCUCCAAUCACCAUGAUUCGUAAGCUAGAGCGCUGGCUCAAGGACCCUGAUUUCGAGAUUAAUCGACGUCAGUUUCAGGCCGAACAGGAUGCAAAGAAGAAGGUAACAUCUUCCAAACCGGCCAAGAUCGACUUUCCCAAGCCGUCAUCGCCGAAUCUGAAUGACCCUUUCCUUCGUGGUCCGGAUACCAAGGCCGACAGUAAGCCACAGGCGAACAAGGGCCCGGAGCCUGAUCUUAUCGACUUCUUCGACUCAAUCGAGCAAAAGCAGACCACUUUACCGGUCAACUCGCAGCCAGCCUCUAUGGUGCCUGGAUUGGCGUCUCUACAGCCCCAGUCAACGGGCAUGCCAUUCCCUCAGAACGGCUUCGUGCCGCAGCAAACUGGUUUUGUACCCAACAACCUGUUCCAGCAGCAACAGGACGUGGGUGGAUUCAUGCCGCCGCAGCAGCCUCAACAGCCUCAACAGCCUCAACCUCUACAUCCUAGCUUCACCGGCGCUGGUUUUGGGGGCUUCAGCACGCAGCCAAGCUUCCAACCUGGUGUACUUGGCCCCAUCCCCCAGAAUUCAGAGGCCACAUUCAUCAACCCAAACCAAGGCUUCCAGUAUCAAGUUCAGCAGCAGCAGCAACAACAACAACAACAUGAACAUCAACAACCAUCCUUGCAAACCGCUCAGCCAAACCCUCUUCAGCCAACGCCGACUGGCACCACCAACCCAUUCCGACAAUCAAUGAUGCCACCUGCCAGCGUGUCAGGCAACUCGUCGCCAUUUUCCUCCCCCGGUCAAACGUCCCAACAACUCCAACGCCAUUCUACGAACCCCUUUGCUCGCUCUCCUACCCAGAGCACAUCCCCUUUCCAGUCUGUGGCUGCUAUCCAGACUCAACCCACCGGGACCAACCCCUUUGCCAAAACGCAACAAGUCCCGUCUCUUGACCAGUCUCUAAAUCCAGCUCCUCUCGGCCCCCAACCAACAGGUACGACGAACCUAUUCCGCCAGGGCGCGUUCGUCAACCACGCCACCGGCAUGGGGUGGCAGCAUAACCAGACCACUAUCGGUGGCGGGCUGGAUCAACUCCCUACUGUACCCGUCUUCCCGCGGCCGGCGCAGCAGACACCCUGGCAGCAAUAA